AUGGACACUGUGUUUGCGUUUUUCGACAGUGCACGAGGCUCGAUGCCGAACGAAUUCGCGAAUAAGCAUCAAUUGGAGCAUUUGGAUGACGCAGAGUUUCAUGAUGAAGAUGAAACCAGAUCGGGGAAUCAUCUAGGACAUCACACUUGCAGUGCGCGCAGCCCAAGAUGCAGCAUGGUCAUCUCGACUUCUAGGAGCGUGAACGACUUCGACUUGCUGUCGGUGGUUGGAAAAGGCGCUUACGACAAAGUGUUUCUGGCAAAGAAGAAGCAAGGUAAAAAUGCUGGUCGUGUGUAUGCAAUGAAAAUGCUGCACAAGUAA